GCUGGGAAAAGGGGCGGGGCCACGCCAGAGUUUCGGUGGGCUUGGGUCCGCCAUCUUGGAUUGCGAAGCUGACAACUCGGAGGGGCGAAGCGGCACUGCCGGGCUGGGGUGGCCCAGAUGGAUACCAUGGCAAGCCCAGAAAAAGAUCAUUACAGAAUGAAAAGUUAUAAGAACAAUGCCCUCAAUCCACAAGAAAUGCGACGACGAAGAGAAGAGGAAGGUAUUCAGCUACGGAAACAGAAAAGAGAAGAGCAAUUAUUUAAACGCAGAAAUGUUGCUCUGCUGGUUAAUGAAGAGUCAAUGCAAGAAAGUCCAAUCCAGGAUCCUGACGUGAGCUCUACUGUACCUAUUCCUGAGGAAGAUGUAAUUACAUGUGACAUGGUACAGAUGAUUUUCUCUGAUGAUCCCAACCAACAGCUUGCUGCAACCCAGAGAUUUAGAAAACUGCUUUCAAAAGAACCCAAUCCUCCAAUAGAUGAAGUCAUACAAAGACCAGGAGUUGUGCAAAGAUUUGUGAAAUUUCUAGAAACAAAUGACAAUUGCACCCUUCAGUUUGAAGCAGCAUGGGCUCUUACAAAUAUAGCAUCUGGAACAUUUUUGCACACCAAAGUAGUGAUUGAGACUGGAGCUGUCCCAAUUUUCAUUAAGUUAUUGAAUUCUGAACAUGAAGAUGUCCAGGAGCAGGCAGUGUGGGCUCUUGGUAAUAUUGCUGGAGACAAUGCAGAAUGUAGGGAUUAUGUGCUCAGCUGUGGAAUACUUCCCCCACUCUUGCAACUGCUAACACAUUGUAACAGACUCACGACAACUAGAAAUGCAGUGUGGGCACUCUCAAACCUCUGUAGAGGCAAGAAUCCACCUCCAGAUUUCAGCAAGGUUCGUCCUUGCUUAGGUGUUCUGUCACGACUAUUAUUUAGCAGUGACCCAGAUGUAUUAGCCGAUGCUUGCUGGGCCCUCUCUUACCUUUCAGAUGGACCAAAUGAUAAAAUCCAAGCAGUUAUUGAUUCUGGAGUCUGCCGAAGAUUGGUAGAACUUCUGAUGCACAAUGACUACAAAGUGGUAUCACCUGCCUUAAGAGCAGUUGGAAAUAUUGUGACUGGUGAUGAUAUCCAAACACAGGUAAUUCUAAAUUGCUCUGCAUUACCCUGUCUCUUACAUUUGCUGAGUAGUCCCAAGGAAUCUGUUCGAAAAGAAGCAUGCUGGACAGUUUCUAAUAUUACUGCAGGAAAUAGAGCCCAAAUACAGGCUGUUAUAGAUGCAAAUAUAUUUCCAGUGUUGAUUGAAAUUCUUCAGAAAGCUGAAUUUCGUACUAUAAAGGAAGCAGCAUGGGCCAUCACUAAUGCAACGUCUGGGGGGACUCCUGAACAAAUUAGUUACUUGGUUGCAUUAGGUUGUACCAAGCCUCUUUGUGAUCUUCUGACUGUGAUGGAUUCUAAAAUAGUCCAGGUGGCCUUGAAUGGACUUGAAAACAUUCUGCGACAUGGAGAACAAGAAUCUAAACAAAACGGAAUUGGUGUUAAUCCUUACUGUGCCCGAAUAGAGGAAGCAUAUGGACUAGAUAAAAUUGAAAUCCUUCAAAGUCAUGAAAACCAAGAAAUCUACCAAAAAGCUUUCGAUUUGAUUGAACAUUAUUUUGGUGUGGAAGAGGAGGAUGCAAAUAUUGUACCACAAGUGGAUGAAAAUGAGCAGCAGUUUCUGUUUCAGCAACAGGAGGCGCCAAUGGAAGGAUUCCAGUUGUAGCUGGCCAGCCUCGGGAAAGGAGGAAAGAGUUUGCUGAAGACAGACAAAGAAGCAGCUCCUGCACUUCUGUGUUUCCAUUCUUUUUAUAUGUGCAUUUCCAUUGUCUUGUGUCCAAAAAUACUGACUAAUCACAGCUAAAAAAUGUUACAAAGCUUGAAGAAAUGACCUCAGUCAGACAUUAGUGCAUCAUUAUGCAUAUACAACUGUUGAUACUUUGAAUUUUGGCAGUAGGGUUCAUGAGCCCAGUCUAUACUAAAUCUACCUCUUUACCAAGGAGCAAAAAAAUAGGCAUUUCAGAAUUGAAGGGUAAUGCAUAUGAGCUCCUAGUAAACGCUAAACAUAGAAUGUGAAAAUUAUUUAUUUAAAUAGUGAAAGUAUAGUUUUAUGCGUGAAAUUUUGCAAUACACUGUUGAAAUAUAUUUAUAUUUAAAAGCAUAACACGUUGGGGUGCACUGCUUGUACAUGACGUGACAUUAAAUAUAGACAAAAAACAUUUUUCCGCUGUGUGAAAAGAGAUAGUUGCUAGUUCAAAUUUAUAAUUUAUGUAGGGCCUUGCUGCAAAACUAUACAAGGAAGGAUCCUUCUCUUUCUUAAUUUCUUCAGCAGUAUUGCAAAUGAGGUUGCCACCUUUUCCAUUAGCCAUUAUAGCUGUGCCUUUGACAGCAAUUUCAUUUGCAGUAAGAGAAUUAAUUAUGUUCAAGUUGCAGACGUGUGGUUUUUCUCUGUCAGAUUGCUGUGAAAGGCAAGAGCUGCUGUUUUCCCUGGUCUGUUGCAAACCAGAUUAUGAAUUGAGGGAUGUGUUUACUAUUUGUAGUGACCAUUUGAUUCUUGUGAGAGUAAUGGAAGAUUUCUGUAGUUGCAUGCCAAGGACUUUGAGUAGAGAUUUCUAUGUUUAACAUAAAUGCUACCAAAGUGUGUAAAAUUGCAAUAUCCCUCUUUCUUGAAACACUGAUGAUUGGUUUUAUUCAUGCAGUUCCUGUAUUCUGUUUUGACCAAAUACACUAAUGCAUUGCAACUGACUUUGGCUGCAGGAUUUGUCUAUAAAAAGAAAACAAAUGAGUUUCUUUUGAAACCGGCUACUAAAACAUUUCUUGCUCUGACUUUAUAAUAGUCCUGGAUUGAGAAAACACUUUUUCUGAUAGUUCUAGGAAAAAAUAAAAUGAUUUUGUUGUAUAUACUGUAGUAAGGUCUUGUAUAUAGAGUUAUCUUUGAUAAUGUAUGCAAAAUGUUUAAGUUUAUAUAAUAUUCAGGAUUUUUUUUUAAGGCCACGUUGUUGAUCCUUUUUUAUCCUUCCUUUGUUUCUCCUUCUCCCCCCAUUUUUUUGGUAGCACAAUUAACGUACUCUGAUUAAUUUUGCUUACAAAAAUUGUCUUGAGAUGUGUAACUUUUAAAAAAAGUUGUGUGUAAUAGUAGCAGGGUUUUGUACAGCUAUUUAAAAAAUGAUGCACUCUGAAAUGUUUGAAAGGAGCAAAUUAUCUUGUAUCUGCAAAAAGUUCAAAAUUACUGAUUUUUGAAAUCUCAGAUCUGUGCGGGUCUGUUCUAGUGUAGAGAACACUAGCUGGCGAUACGCUGGUAAAUUCUGGAUAUUAUAAUAUGUAAUCCAGUAUAUUCCCAGUGCGUGAUCAGCACAAGGAGAGUGGAUCAGCAAGGGAAUGAGCUCCCAAUCAGAGUUCAGAUUUCGCCUGGUUCAGUCUCAAAUGAGUUGUGGCUGUAGGGCCCUUGCUUUUUAUAUUUAGCUGUGAAACAUGGACUUAGUUUUUACAGAAGUGUCGAAAGAGCUGCUUUUUGUUUUCCACAAACUAAAAUUUAUGAAGUUUAAGCUUGACUUUGAAGGAUGAAUAACAAACCAUAGCUUAUGCAUUAAUAAAUACGGAGAUAUAACUAAGGAAAAUUCAUCCUCAAGUUCUAGCAGUCAGAUUUUUUUUUAAGUGAAGGAAUACACAAAAGCACAGUGGUGUUAAUAAUUACCUGCCCUCCUUAUUUAUUUAUAUAUUGUGGUAAUACAUGGUUUACCUCUUAAUAAUAGAUUUUAUGUAGUUCGCUGCAGAUAUAGCUUGAUGAAAAUUGGAAUGAUCACAAUGAAUUUAGUAGAACAAAAACAUUCAGGGUUGACAGGGUAUUCCAUUGUUGUUUUAGAGAAAUUACCAGUUGUGCCUGCUCUUGAUUUGACUAUCCUAAUGGGUGAUGAUAUCUAAAUACUUUCAUUUGGGGGAAAUCUAAGCAUUAGUUGUACAGGCAGUUCCUGAGUUACAAACAUCUGACUUAUAUAUGACUCAUAGUUAAGAAUGGGGUGAGACAAUAGGAAGUGAGAGAAAUCUCUCCCUCAGAAAUGAAAUUCAGUCCUGAAACAGUUAUGGGAAAAGGGGGUCUCAGCUGAAGCUUUCUCACCAAUCCUUGUUUCCACAAGCCAUUUUGGAUAAGCUUUUGAAAUAUAUAAAAAAUAAGCUGAAUUUUUAAAGUAUGUAAAUAUUCUGAAUGGUAUCAUGAAAACAAAAGCUUCAGAAUGCUCAUUUUCUUAUAAUGUAAUGUUGAUGUGGUUACUUUUUAAACUUUAAAAACAGUAUUUGAUUUACCAUCAAAUUCUCUUAACAUAUAAGUUAGAGAAGACUUGCAGACUUACAGAAACAGGUUACUCUUCUUAGUAUGCAUGGCAUCAACAAUCUGUAUAGGAGUCUACAGCAAAGUAAUGAAAACCAAGCUAGAUGAUUGGAUUUUUGAAAAGGUUUUAAGUGUUAAACUUAAUUCAUGUUUUCCUAGCACAGGUUGUCAGAUUCUUACAUAGUUGCCUGCCCGUGACAUGACUUUGAUCUAUGCAACCAUGCCAAGUAUGUAUUUCAGAUACAAAACCAUGCUGAGCUUUUUUUUUCUCAAACAGGUUUACAUUCAGAAAACAUUUUUAGAUGGGUUAAUGUCUUAAAAGAAAAUGAUAAUUACUUUUACAUUAUCUCACUUGCUUUUAUUUGAUUGAGCCUUAUUUACUUUUUUACAAUAUACUUCAAAGCCCCUUAAAUUUAUUUGGAAAAUAAAAUACAUCUUACGAAACGAACAAAAGAUUAACAUAUACUUUAAGAAUGUUUCUUACUUAUUUUUUGUUGUGUUUGCAAAUGACUCUGUAAUUUGUUGCAUCUGAAGGCUUUAACUGAACAAACCUACAAAUACGAACAGUAUGCAAUAUUAAGGAAUGUUACUACUUCAAAUAUAACAACUAUUACAAUACAAAACAAAUAAAGGCAUUUUACAAAAGUG